GAGUGGUAAUUAUUUGAUUUUUGGGUUUGGGCUUGAAAGACACGGUCCAUAAAAGAGCCCAUGACAUGAAUAGUGAGUGCAUUUGCAGAGCGCGCAGAAAGGCUUGUCUCUGGAGGCUGUGGUAGCAGCAAGCAACCAUGGCGGAUCGAAGCAACGGGGAAGUUCUAAUGCUGGAAGCUCCACCGUCUUACGGUAAGCCAGCCAGUUCGGACGCCGAAAUCAUCGAUGCACUGCCCUACAUUGAUGACGACUACGCAGACCCCAGAGUCAAACUCGAAGUUGACCGUCUCGUCGAGGAAGAGAUGCGCCGCAGCUCUAAGAAGCCCACCGAUUUCCUCAAAGACUUCCCUCCUCUUCCCAACUCCAGUUUCCAGAACUACCCAAUGAUUGCCAGAGAAUACGAACGUGUAAGAGCCGGGAGGCCUCCCGUUGCUCUUGACAGGUCGCGCUACGAAUUGGAAAUGCCGCCGGCGAAUAAAAGGAACGAUGAAACUGCUUGGAAGCAAGCCCUGAAUAGAGCUCAACGCCUACUGCAAUAUCAGAUGAUGAGAAUGGAAAAUUUGGAUUUGAUGCUAAAAUAUGGUCCUGAUACGUGGAAACUACACAACCAACGAUUGGAAGUAUACUUAUCAAGAAUGCAGAAAUUAGCUCAGGAACAAAAUGAGAAGAUUGAAAAAGUAAAUCGCGAAAGGAAAUAUCAUCAGCAAAACACUGCCUAUGAGCUUAAUGCGUUGUCUAUGCAAUGGAAGGAGCUCUGUCAGAAGAAUAUAGACAUCAGUGCUGCCUGUGCUUCAGUUGAAAAUCGCAUAAAUGAACUGAAAAGAGAAGCAGCAGAGAGAGGCUGGAACUUGGAAUCUGUAACAGAAAAUGGCCAAUUGCUGAAUUCCGAAUUAUGAGAUUCGUAUGCCCUCAUCUAGUUUUGUAUCCGUAGUGAAUUUUGUUCAGCUCAAAACUUGACUUUAAUUGCUAUUGUGCUUGUCAAUGUUUAGCUCAAUAUCAUGAAAAUGUUACACAUCUGAAAGCCUGUUAUUUGGUUUGCCCUAAGAAUCCACUUUUACACAUUGUUGUAGAUGAUUCUCGAAAGCGAUAUUGUUUUUUUCACAUGAUUUUUGAAAAAGGUGAGAAAGAAGUGGGCUCAGGCUAGGGUGAACCAUGCAUUAAGGAAGUAGUGCAUGGUGAAUCACCUGUUGUAGUAGGUCAAGUAGUAGGUCAUUUUAUCAUGUUAAACGUACUUCACAUAUUUGUUAUUUGGUCUCUGGUUGUUAAAAUUUUCAAA